AUGGGCCAGGGUAGGUUUAAUAUACCAACUAAUUUUACUCUAUACCAAAGUUUAAAGUUAUUAAAUGAUAUUCUUUUAAACCAAUACAAUAAUUCUUAUAAAGAAGUUGAUUCAAUGAAAAAAACACAUAUCUCAUAUAAUUCAAUACCUGCUUGGAAUUUAAUGUUAAAAGAACUAAUGAAUUGGAACGAUUAUUAUAACGAUGGAAUGGAUUUAAUCGAAGACUAUUUCAAUUUCAAAUCUAAAGUUAUCGAUGAUUCUUCAAUUUCAGAAGAAAUUAAAAAGUUAUUGGAUGAAUUUAUAAUUCUAAAUUAUAACAUCUUCAAUUUGAAAAAAGAAAUUAAUAAUAAAAUAGAUUCAAUUCGUAAGGAAAAUGCAAAAAAUGACAAGCUUGGGUUUUUAAAAAUGAAAAUUUCAAAUUCAAAUUCCAUAUUUCAAUCAAAAAGAGAACGAUUGAAAAUGGAACGUCAACGUAAACAAGAUGAGAUGAAUUCUAUAGAAGCGGUAAAAAUUUUACAAACGGUAAAUUUACAACAAGCAUUACCAAUGUCAGAUUUCCUCUCAAAUGAGGGUUUCCCUAAUGAAUUACCAUCAUAUGAUGAUUUGCAUUCAAGAACCGAUAGAGAACGAGAUUUAGAACAUGAAUUAAUUCAACAUGUUCAAUUGGAACAAACACGCUUAGCACGAGAAAUAGAUGAACAAGAAAGAAUGGAAAGGGAACAUGCAGAACAGAGACGUGCAGAUUUGUUAAUAUUUGAACAGCAAAUAUCUCAGGGGCAAAACGGUGAUAUUAUGCAAACGCAACAAGAACUACUUGUCCACGAUCGAAUACCGUCGAUACAAAUUCCAUUACAACAAGUUGAAUCUCGAAAUAAUGAAGAACAAAGAGCCAGAGAGUUGACAGAACAAGCUAAACAGAGACAAAUAUUAAUGGAUGAAGAAUUAGCAAGACAAUUGGAAGAUGAGGAACGAUUACUUGCAAAUAAUCAACAACAUUUUGAUAUCACUUCUGGACUGGAAUUGGAUGCUGUCACCCUUGUAAAUAAUUCUACGAAUUCCCUUAACAUAAAUCAUAGUUCAAAUAUAUCUGAUUAUCCUACUUGUUUCUUAUCCAUGAAUGAUACGUUUGGUGAAAGUAGUACGAAUGCAAACGAGGAUCAUGAUAAUGUCUAUUUUCAAAAUACAAAUGAAGAUCUAGAUAAUGACAGUCUACUGUAUGAGCCAAUAAAAUCCCCGCAAUUGAAUAUAACACAUUCUGGAUCACCAUCAGGUAAUACUCAAAACUCAUCCUCCCGUAAUACAUCACAAAAUAACUCUAAUAGAAAUUCACGAACUACUUCACAAUAUAAGUUUUUGCAAGAUGCACAUCAAACAAGAGAAUAUUUUGGUACUGUUGAAGCAAAUAGAAACCCAUCAUUUGAAAAUGAUGAACAAUUAAGUCUUUCAAGAUCACAGAUUACGGAAAUAGAGGAAGGGGAUGUAACUUUAGAUGAUGAAUUAAAUUCAAUGUCUCCUGAUAGUAUUGGAGACACAAUUCUUCCAGAGACACAUAGAAAGAUGAAAAUACAAAAUGAACAAAACGAAGAAGAAGAAAGUGGAACUAGCAAACGUCGUGAGGCAAAAAAAAUUGAUAGGAUAGAAAAGGAAAGAAUGAAACAAAAGAAAGCAGAUGAAGAAUGGAGACAACGAAUCGAGUUAACACAACUGCAAGAAAAAAAGAGGGAAAAAGAGAACGGGAAACUUAAUCAAAAGCGUUAUAAUAGAGUAAAUUCAGUCACUCUAGAAGGUAAUAAAAUAUCGAGACUAAAUUCAGGUGACAUACAAAGGAGAUACUCUGAUAACAUAUCAUCUUCUUUGGAGAAUAAUACCUCCUCAUCCUUAGAGAAUAAUGAUACAUUCUAUCAUGAACCCCAAAUAAAUAGGAAAACCAAGAAAAAUAAUACUUGGUCCAAUCCAUUUAAUAAAAAAGAGUCUACUGGUAAAGAAGGUGAAUAUAAGAAAAUACCCUUAUCUCAAUUGAAUUUGCGUGAAUCUUAUACUAAUGGAAAUUCCAAUUCUAAAACUUCACGAAAUAAAGUGAAAUUGCAAAAGGAAAAUAAAUCAAAUGAAGCGGUGAAUAUCGCUGCACAAUUAGCAUGGGAGUCAUUUACAGAUGAUAACAGAGUCCCUAACGAAGAAGAAGGUUCUAUGCCAAUAAGACAGAUGCGUACAAACCAAUCUGAUCCAUUAUCUAACCGAGAACGUUAUUCUAAUGGUAUGAGACCAAAUCAUAAUAAAAAUUCGAUUCAAAGUGCUAAUAUAUCACCUGUAUUAAGUUAUAGUAAUAGUUCAAAUAGUUCUGGUAAUCUACUGCGCACUCAACCAAAGAAACAUACUAGUGUAAGAAAUGCUAAUACCACAACAAAGAAGAAAAAAAAAGUAGUUAAAAAACAUCAACCAUCCAGUUAUAAUACUAAACGAAUAUCCAAAGUUAUGAGCGAAUUAGACGGUGGAAUUGAUAAAGACUCUUGCGAACAAAUCAUCAACGAGAUUCUUGUUUCGAAUGAAAAUUUACAUUGGGAUGAUAUUGCAGGGUUAAAUUCUGCUAAACAGGCCUUGAGAGAGGCUGUAGAGUAUCCAUUUCUACGGCCUGAUUUAUUCAAAGGUUUAAGAGAACCGACUAGAGGAAUGCUAUUGUUUGGGCCACCUGGUACUGGGAAAACAAUGAUAGCAAAGACUGUGGCUAGUGAAUCUCAAUCCACUUUUUUCAGCAUCAGUGCUUCAUCAUUACUUUCUAAAUACCUUGGGGAAUCUGAGAAAUUGGUCCGUGCCUUGUUCUAUUUAGCUGUUAGGUUAGCUCCAUCGAUAAUAUUCAUCGAUGAAAUUGACUCUUUAUUAACUGCUCGAGGAGAUAAUGAGAAUGAAACUGGUCGACGGAUUAAAACAGAACUAUUAAUCCAAUGGUCCAAAUUGUCUCAAAAUCCAGGGUCCUCCAAAGACUCUGAAGUUGAUAACAGAGUUUUACUACUAGGUGCCACGAACUUACCAUGGGCCAUCGAUGAAGCUGCCCGUCGUCGUUUUUCAAGAAGAUUAUAUAUUCCAUUACCUGAUUUGGAAACAAGAAUACAUCAUUUGAAGAAAUUGAUGAGCAGACAAGAACAUCAACUACGAGAGAAGGACUUUACCGCUGUGGGGAAACUUACCGAGGGUUACUCGGGCUCUGAUCUAACUGCAUUAGCCAAAGAGGCUGCAAUGAUGCCAUUACGUGAUUUAGGCCACAGUCUGCUGCACGUAGAUUUCGCUAGCAUUCGUCCUGUCGGAAUCAGUGAUUUCGUGCUAGCUCUCGAGACCAUCCGUGGUAGUGUUUCAGCAUCAUCCUUGCAACAGUAUUCUCAAUGGUCAGCACGUUACGGUAGUACAGGCUCAUAG